UUCCCCGUUGUGUCUUUCCUAAACCUAACCUCCGCCAUCCCGUUACUGUUGCGUGCCACCCGCGGCCGUCCCCUGGGGUGUGGCGUUUGCUUUCCCCGUUAAUCUCCGUAUAGACCAUUUUGUGCUGGCCACCACGGAAAAAACGACAAAAACGUCCCUGUGAACACUUAUUAAUAGAUUAAAAAGAACGUGACCAUUUCACGAACUGCCGUGAGAGACCGUGUUGGUUAUUUGGGCCCCAGUCUGCUCCGCAGUUUGGGAAAUCAGGAAGUGAUGCAGCAGUAACAUUGUGGAUGGCUAGCAGAAAGCGUAAAGUUCUCCGUGAUAACACCCGGGGGAUCACCAAACCCGUCAUCGGCUGUUUUGCUCGCCGCGGCGGAGGGAAGCACAUCUCCGGUCUGAUCUACGAGGAGACCCGCGGUGUGCUGAAGGUGUUCCUGGAGAACAUGAUCUGUGACGGCGUCAGCGAGCACGCCAAGAGGAAGACGGCUCAAGUGGAGAAGCAGAGGGACAAAAAGCUCCUUGAGGCUGUGAUAUCCUCUCUACCACUGACUGUGAUCUCCUGUGACAUGAAGCUUCCUAAGGAGACAAUAAGGUGCGGGAGAGAUGCAUCAAGAAAAUGGGGAUGGGGGUUUUAAGUGAAGGCAAGGGGGAGCGGAGAGAUAAGGCAAAAGUAAUAAUGGAGGUGA